CUGGCUACAGCAUCAGAACUAGCCACCCCUGACUACCAGUUACCAUUUCAUCUUGAUGUCUCUGGAACAGAAUCAUGCGUCAAUGGCAUUCUAUCCAGAGAAAAGGGGGUGACAGAGUAGUCUUAAUGUACAUAAGUGUCAGGCUAGACAUCAUGGAAAAACGACACCCACAAUGCACCCAACAUGCCGCGGGUAUCGCAAAGCUCAUUCAAAAAACAGCACACAUUGUCAUGGGACACCAACUUCAUGUACUAACCACACAUAGUGUAGUGGCAUAUGUAAACUCAGAAACCUUCACACUCACUACCCUAAGACAACAGCGGCUGAGCAAAAUUUUGGAAGCACCUAACAUUUCAUUCACACACGAAGGCAUCAACAUGGCAGACCAGAUAGGACCAGGUGAGCCGCACACAUGUGCAGAAAGGGUGAUAAAAGAAGAAAAGGUCAGAAUGGACUUACAGGCUACACCAUUAGUAGGAGCCAGAGAGCUGUACACAGACGGCUGUUGCUUCAGACACGAGACAGACGGUCUCAGGGCGGCCUAUGCAGUAGUGGAAGAAAAGCAGGGGGUGUGGGUAACACAGAAAGCUGAGAGGUUGGUGGGACCACAGUCAGCCCAGCGAGCAGAAGUGAUAGCAGUAAUAGAGGCACUAAGGUUAGGGAAAGGACAGGCAGUCAAUAUCUACUCCGACUCGGCAUACGCGGUAGGAGCAGUACACGUAGAGCUAGGCCAGUGGUUGAGAGCAGGAUUCCUCACAGCAGGGAACAAACCCAUCAAACAUGAAACAGAGAUGAAAGAACUGGCAGAAGCACUGCUACUCCCAGAAAAAGUGGCAGUAAUCAAAUGCAAAGGACAUGACACAGGAAAUAGCAAAGUAGGCCAGGGAAAUCAAGCAGCCGAUCAAGCGGCAAAACAAGCUGCAGGAUACCAAAACAACAUGACCCUGGUAAAUGCGGAGACUGAAACUCAGGUCAGGGUUAACACAGAAAGAUUGGUAGACAUGCAGGUGAAAGCAUCCCCACAAGAAAAAACCAUGUGGAAAGCUAGGGGGGCCACCGAGACUGACGGACUAUGGAGGGGGCCCGAUGGUAGACCCAUCCUGCCCCCCGGACUGAGACAGACUGCGAUAGAAGAAGCACACGGGGUAGGACAUGUGGGGGUAGCACAAAUACUACGAAACCUCGAACACUGGUGGCACCCGUAUCUCAGAGAUAUGGCCCAACAUUUGACUAAAACAUGUCCGCAGUGUACUAAGUUUAAUCCCCGACCCACCGUCAGACCAGAGCCAGGAAAGUAUCCCUUAGAAACCAAACCAGGUAAGGAAAUCAUCAUAGACUAUACGGAUAUGAUAGAUUCGGUCAAAGGGUACAGAUACAUACUGAUGUGUGUAGAUGCGUACACGGGCUGGCCGGAGGCAUGGCCUACAAAAAAGGAGGAUGGUAUAUCAGUAGUAAAGUUCUUGGUAAACCAGUACAUACCCAGACACGGGUUCCCUGAAAAAAUUAGAUCAGACAAUGGGACCCAUUUCAAAAACCGAGACUUACAGCAGGUGGAAGCAAUGCUAGGGUUGAAACACGCAUUCGGAACUGUGUACCACCCUCAGUCUCAAGGCAAAGUGGAAAGAAUGAACCAGACAGUGAAGGGCAAAUUGGCCAAAAUCUGUGCACAGACCAAAAUGAAUUGGGUAGAUGCCCUACCCCUAGCCUUAAUGUCAGUCAGGUGCUCAGUAAAUCACGCUACGGGGUUCACCCCACACGAGCUGCAGACCGGUAGGGCCUUCCCCGGCCCUCAUUCUAAGCUGCCUCUGGUUGAAAACACUGACCAGCAACUAACAUACAAAGCCUAUUUUCACGAACUGCAAGGUCUAGUGUCUUUAUUCUCUAAGCAGGUGGAGGAUCAGAGAGAAGAGAACAAAAGUACCACCCCCCCAGAGGCAGAGUGGGUACUGCUGAGAGUCAUCAAAAGAAAGUGGUCGGAGCCAAGGUGGACUGGGCCAUUCCAGGUAAACGAGAGAACAACCCACGCCGUGCGCCUGAGAGGCAAGGGAGACACCUGGUUCCAUUGGAGCCAGUGCGCCGCAGCUGAGGAGCCACAACGCUCACUGACUGAGAUUCAGAGGGAUCUUCAGGAAACCAGCACUGGGUCGGCUGACUCGGACAAAGAUCCUGCCAACGUAGGGGCAGAAUAAUCCCCUGGCAGUGAUCAAGGUCCCAGGGUAGUCUACCCCUGGGGUCCGAAGUAAGAAGAGCUCCAGUCGGGAGGAGGUGAAACAGCGCUCCUCUCCUUCAUGUAGCGUGCCAAGCUACCAACACCAGGAGCAGGAACAUUUUUUCUUUUCAUAUAUAUGUCGCAGAUAGCUACAGAGCUGUGUUGAUAUAGCCAAAAUAGGGUUAGAAACUCUCUCAAGGGUGUUACCGCUAGAGAUACAAGGAAGACGAGGGUUAAUCAACUGAAGGUUUUGCUUGCCUAUAUCUUUGCAAAAUAUGUUUAUCCCUGUAAAGCCUGACCCAUCAAAAAAUAGUCAGAAAAUUCUAAUUUUUUGGAACUGAGAUGUUUAUUAAACAUUUUAACAAAAUCCCCAACAAAUAUUUUGCCAUAUCAUUUUGUUUAUGAUAUAUUUUUUGUAUCACAUUUGAUACAUUGGGUAUUUUGGGCAAUUUUUUGCU